GACUCAAUAACGAUGAGGUCACGCAUGAAUGUGAAAUACGGCGUAUUGCGUUAUUGAACGAUAACCGCAAGUUAUUAGGGUCGAUUGACGAGUAACUCAAUGUAAGGCGCGCGUAAAAUGUUUCUCACCGUGUGCAUGCGCGUAUAAAGCCAUGUCGUCGGCUUAAUUGUUAUACUCUCGCUAUUGGUGUUGCACGGACAAUUUUAUGUAUGUAAAUUACUCCCGUACAAAUGUUCGUUUGACAGAUUCAUUCUCUCUACAUAAGCACUCACGUACUCGACAUUCCAUUACUCGUACUUUGAUCGGACGGGUGAUAAUCUAUCUAGUCUCUUCGACUUUGGCGCGCAUUUACAUCUUUCGUUCGUUUUCGAAAUAUAAAUUUCGUGUGACAUUAUUAAAAGAGUACGUUGUACACACUGAGAUUCAUUGAUUUGAAGUACGGAUAAACCAUUGUACUGUUUGCGAGAAUAAGUUAAAUAAUUUCGCAGUAAAGACUUGAAAAAAUGCGAAGUGGCAGUAGUUUGAAUCAGUUCAAUGACGAUAACUCUUUUAGUGAUGAAUCGUGCCCGUCGUGCAGAUUGGCUAUCAACAAAGAGACUGGUAGACUAAAAUGGUGUACCGACGGAAGUGAAGCAUGGCGUUUUUGUGUCAAACUAAUGCUCCUGAUACCCGCCGUAUUAUUACCGAUUAUUAUAGUGUGUAUCGCUCUGUCACAUUUUCAAACUACAGUAAAAGUUUCUGAGUCACAAAUGUUUUCCACCUAUGGAAUGCAGGAACAGGAUAAACAAAAGAUCGAAGAUGACAUCUCUUGGUCUACCAAUCGCAAUGACAUAGAACGUGGAGCCGAAGAAACCGAAGACGAGGAUCGAGUUUUACUUCCCGAUAUGAAAACGAGUUAUGUACCUGUAGAUGUGCAUCCUCCGCUUCGAUCCGCGUCCCAGCGACAAAAGAGAGACAUUAAUGGGGAGAAUCGCACAAAUGGCAGCGAAUCAGACGAUCGAGUAAUGUCCUCGUUAUAUCCAUAUUUAAUUAAUGACAAAUUGACAGAUUCUUUUUUGAGGAAGAAGUUAGAUAGAAAAAAUGAUACAGUGGAAAGAUCUUUUUCAGAUAUGAAUUAUAUCGAAGGAAUAAAGAUGAAGGAUGACGACAUAAUCGAAACGAGCAACGCGCAGAAUGUUGAUGAAGAACUAGAUAAUUUCUUAAGCGAUUAUUAUUUAGAAGUAGAAGUUGAUGAUACAUAUGAAAGUAGUGGAAUAAACAACCAUCAUUAUUCCAAGUCAAUAAAGAAUGAAGAGGCGAUACCACAUUAUAAUAAUAAGUACGAGGGCAUAAAUAUUGAAGAACGGUUGAAAGAGGAAUCAGUUAUGAGAAAAGAAGAUAGAUUCUCUAUUUUCAUCAAUGAUACCAAAACACGGUUGUCAGUGACUGUUGGACAUGAUUCUAUCGAGGACAAAAUGCUUGAUUUUCAUACAUUCUGGAAAGGCGAAGGAAAUGUUAAAAGUAUCAGAGAGAUUCGAGCACAAACAAUGCUGAAAUAUAUGGAUAAGAGUGUAGAUCCAUGUAAAGAUUUCUAUCAAUAUGCUUGUGGUAAUUGGGCGAAACUCAAUCCUAUCCCAAAAGACAAGGCUGGCUAUGAUACCUUUGAAAUGCUGAGAGAAUCAUUGGAUUUCGUACUCAAAGAAUUAUUAGAGGAACCGAUAUUAUAUAAUAUCGAUGAAUUAGAUGCUGAUGAUGCUACGGUAAAGGCGAAACAUUUAUUUCAAAGCUGCAUGAACUACGAGAUUUUGGAGCAACGUAUGGAAAGACCACUUAUCCAACUUGUGGAUGAACUUGGCGGUUGGCCGAUUCUAAGGCCAGACUGGGACCCCGACAAAUUUGACUGGCUUCUCCUGACUGCAAAACUUCGAUUAUACAAUAACGACGUAUUAAUUUCAGAAUGGGUGGGUCCAGAUAUUAAAAACAGCAACAAAUACGUAAUACAGUUUGAUCAAACAUCGCUCGGACUUCCUACGAGAGAUUAUUUCCUUCAAUCAUCUAACGCAGUUUAUUUAGAAGCUUACAAGGAUUAUUUAAUAAAGAUUGCAAUUUUACUCGGUGCAUCUUUAGAUAAUGCGACUAUGCAUGCUGAAGAAGUGAUUGAAUUCGAAACGCAGCUCGCAACAAUUACAUCGUCAUCAGACGAAAGACGAAAUUUCUCGGAGCUGUAUCAACGAAUGAGUAUAGGUGAAUUAAAGAUACUCGUACCACAAAUUGAUUGGCAUCGUUAUUUGUCAAUCGUUUUGAAUCGACAAGUAAAUUUUUCUGAGCCAGUCGUUGUAUUCGCAUUGCAAUAUAUUCAAGAUUUGGUUGUUUUACUUUCAAAAACACAACCUAGAACAGUGGCGAAUUAUCUUUUAUGGAGAUUUGUGCGGCACAGAGUGAACAAUUUAGACGAUCGUUUCCAAGAGGUCAAACAGAAAUUUUAUUAUAUUUUAUUCGGUAGAGAGCAAGCGCCAUUAAGAUGGAAAAACUGCGUAACUCAAGUCAAUUCCAAUAUGGGUAUGGCGGUUGGUUCAAUGUUUGUCAAAAAGUAUUUUGAUGAAAACAGUAAAAACGAUACAUUAUCGAUGACUCGAGAGAUACAGCGAUCAUUUAGAGAAUUACUUGAUAAAACCAGUUGGAUCGACGAUGACACAAAGCGUUUGGCGACUGAGAAAGUGAAUGCUAUGUCGUUAAGAAUCGGUUAUCCAGAUUUUAUUCUACAACCAUAUCUAUUGAAUGAACGUUACAAAGAUGUUGUGAUACGACCAGAUAAAUAUUUUGAAAACACUUUAAAUAUCUUGCAACACUUGACUCGAGUUGAACAAGAUCGUCUUGGAAACAGUGUCAAUAAAACUUUAUGGAAUACUGCUCCAGCGAUCGUGAAUGCUUAUUACAGUCGCAACAAGAAUCAGAUAAUGUUUCCAGCGGGCAUACUACAGCCUCCUUUUUAUCAUAGAUUUUUUCCACGAAGUUUAAAUUAUGGCGGAAUUGGCGUCGUGAUUGGACAUGAAAUUACUCAUGGAUUUGAUGACAAAGGUAGAUUGUUUGACAAAGAUGGGAAUCUUCAUAGGUGGUGGAAAGACGAAGCAAUCGAUGGUUUUCACCGGAGAGCGCAAUGUCUUAUCGAUCAAUAUGCACGUUAUACCGUAACGGAAGUUGAAAUGCAGAUAGAUGGCGUUAAUACGCAAGGGGAAAAUAUUGCCGAUAAUGGCGGUAUUAAACAAGCGUUUAGAGCAUAUGAGAGAUGGUUACGCUUGAAUGAAGAGAAAGACGAAACAUUACCCGGAAUAAGUGCGACAGGUAAACAAUUAUUCUUUUUGAAUUUUGCUCAAGUUUGGUGCGGUUCAAUGCGUCCCGAGGCAACUAGAAAUAAACUAAAAACAGCUGUACAUUCGCCCGGUAAGUUUCGAGUGAUCGGUACGCUCUGCAAUUCCAAGGACUUUGCUCAAGUAUUUAACUGCCCUCUUGGUUCUCCAAUGAAUCCUAUGAACAAAUGUUCGGUAUGGUAAAACGUAAUAUAUAUAUAUAUAUAUAUAUAUAUAUAUAUAUAUAUAUGUAUAUAUAUAUAAAACAUAGUUUGCGCAUUGAUCUACACUAUGUGACACAAUUUAUCUCAACUAUAGUCCGUAUAAUGAAACUUACUUCAUUUAAGUGGACCUUUGAUUCAUUUAAAAAAGUCUAUAGCAAUUUCUAAAUGUAUAAAACAAAAAGAAUAUCGAUUUAAUGUAUUUAACAUAUUUUGUAUAUUAUUCUAAAAGAUAUAUAGUUAAAAAAGAGAUUACGUAAACUUUACUAAGAUAAACUUAUAUGAAAGAGAAUAAAAAUCAUUUUCAUAUAGAAUGUUGGAUAAAGCAUAUUACAAUAAACAUAAGAAGCAACCUCAUAAUCAUAGAAAUCAUUAUAGAUUAUUUUCUAAUUUAUAUAUAAGAUUUUUCGAGGAUUUCUUUAUCUUUUAAGCUCUGAUAUUUAAUUUUACAAGUCUACCAAGUUUUGAAACUAUGCUUACUAUAUAAAUCCGGUUAGAUGGCGAUAAAAAUUCUUUAAUAUUUGACAAACAUUUGAAAUUUUUAAUCUCAGCUCAUAUUAUACAUAUAUCGUGUGCACGACAUGCAUACGUCAAUUUACAUAAAUAGGAAACGCUUUUAUCAAUCACACAAUUCUAUUUUUACAAUUUGUUUAUGUAUUAUCGGCAAUAUAUUAAUAAUGUAUAAAUUAAAAAAAAAAAUUACAUCAAAACUGAUGUGACAAAAUGGUAUGUGAGUAACUUUCUUCCCUUAAAUAUAAUUUGCAUUUCAAUUGUUUACAUAUUCCUGUUCUCGAUAUCAUGUAUAAAUGUAUUUCUUUUUAUUAAGUAUAUACGUGAGAGCUAAUUUUUGUAUAAUAUUCUAUUAUUCUCUCUUUCUUUUUUUUAUAGAAAAAUGUAAAUGUUUUAAUAGAAAAAAAAUAAAAUGUGAGUUAUACUAACAUUCUUAAACAAAUUUUAAUUACCAUGAUGAUAUCUUUAUUCUUAAUUUUCUUAAUUUUAUUAUGUAUAGCCAUUAUAUAUA